AUGGAUCUCCGGUUGAGUCUCCGUGACAGGCAUUCUAGAGCCCGCCUGUUGAAGCCAAUCCUUCGCGCUUAUGCUCUAGGGUAUUGUUCUGCCGUCACCCCAAAGCUGGUCACAUAUGCACGACAUUUUGCACGCAGAGACUGGUCACCAAAACAGAAGCUUCGCGAGGUACGUUGGAGGCGUCGCGCCUACACUUUUGUGCUGGGCGCGAUGUGUGAUGUCACGACCCCUCGUGGCCAGAAUAAACCCGUUGGGUGGUUGCUCAAAAUAGUGCACGCUGACUCCCAAACCCUACAGUUGGCUCAGGUUCUAGCCGGGCCUCUGCGCAUCAACACCUUCCCAACGUUCUGUGCCGCCCUGGUUGGUGGUUCAACUUUGCUCCCGGUGUUGUUGUAUCGGAUAUUCGCAUCCAUAGCCGGCUCUUCCAAAGGUGACAUCCAAAAAUCCCAGACUCUCCGCCGUCUGAUUCGAUUCAUCACUGCCUUCUUCUCAGCAUGGUUUAGUUUUGAGCUUCUAAACAAAAAACCUACCCUUUCAUGGGACAGUCAAUCAAAAGGGAUCUUUUCGGAUCAAGAACCCAAGAACGAUGCUGCCAAUCCACUCGAACACCCGCGUCCGGAGUUGGCCGGGAGGACGAUGGAUCUGACGCUGUUUACAGCGACGAGGGCAGUGGAUGUAAUAGCGUGCCUAGCAUGGAAUCGAUGGCAUCGCCGACGCACGGCUCAGGGUCGCUGGACCCUCGUUGAGUCGCUAGCUCCAGGUCUAGCAGAUGCAGGGGUCUUUGCCAUGAGCGCGGCCGUGGUCAUGUGGGCGUGGUUCUAUGAGCCGGAGAGGUUACCCCGAACUUACGAAAAGUGGAUCGGAGAGGUAGCCAAGGUGGACUCGCGCUUAAUCGAAGCCCUUCGCCGGGCUCGCCGAGGAGUCUUUAUAUACGGCAAAGAUACGGGCCAAGCACCCCUUCUCGAAGCUAUGUGCAGGGACUAUGGCUGGCCCGAGGAAUGGGGUGAUCCUGCCAAAACCGCACCCAUUCCAUGCGAGAUGGUGCACAUGGGCUGUGGCCCUAAUUGCGAAAAACACGCACUGUACCGCUUUGCCAGGACCUUCAAGUUUGCUUGUGCAACCUACAUCCCAUUACAGGUUGUCCUGCGCCUACGAGGAAUGAAGAAUCUCGCUGGUCUUCGCCGCGCAAUCUCUGAAGGCGCCCGGUCAUCUGCAUUCCUCGCUUCUUUCGUGAGCCUGUUCUAUUACGCUGUGUGUCUCGCCCGGACGCGCCUGGGGCCCCGGGUCUUGGAUCGGAAGACGGUCACUCCGCUGAUGUGGGAUUCCGGUCUCUGUGUCGGAGCGGGAUGUCUCAUGUGUGGAUGGAGUGUAUUGGUAGAGAAAUCGCGGAAAAGACAGGAGCUGGCGCUAUUUGUGGCACCCCGAGCUGCGGCAACGGUUUUGCCACGUCUGUAUAACAAAAAGUAUCAAUACCGCGAGCGUAUUGCUUUCGCUGCCAGUGCCGCCGUUCUUCUCACUUGCCUUCGCGAAGAACCGAGGCUGGUACGAGGUGUCUUUGGCCGCAUUUCCAACAGCAACAUUGUGCCAAGACCAACUUGCAUGCGGAAAGGUAUCUUUGAAGCUGAGAAGAGGUUCUUCUCGAAAAACGCAUUCCUGCACGAGAAGCGUCAUGCAUCCUCGGCGCCGUUCAAUACGCCGCAAUCGCAGCAGCGCAACACAUCUACUAUGUACUAUACCAUCAGUAUGAUCCUCGGAACUGUCGCUCUUGCUUACGGCUCUGUUCCGUUGUACAAAAUGAUUUGCCAACAGACCGGCUGGGGUGGCCAGCCCAUCCUCACCCACCGCAACGGCGACGGCGACACCGCUGCGCGCGUGACCCCAGUGACAGACUCCCGACGCCUUCGUAUCACCUUCAACGGCUCAGUCUCCGAUGUUCUGCCAUGGAAGUUCACCCCACAGCAGCGCGAGGUGCGGGUCCUGCCGGGCGAGACGGCACUGGCAUUCUACACCGCGACCAACAAAAGCAACUCUGACAUUAUUGGGGUUGCGACGUACAGUGUGACACCGGGACAGGUGGCGCCAUACUUUAGCAAAAUUCAAUGCUUCUGCUUUGAAGAGCAGAAGCUGAACGCGGGUGAAUCGGUUGAUAUGCCUGUGUUCUUCUUCAUUGAUCCCGAUUUUGCUACGGAUCCGACUAUGCAGGGUAUUGAUACGAUCACGCUUUCUUAUACUUUCUUUAAGGCGAAAUACGACGACAACGGGGUCUUGAAGCCCAUUCCCCAAUGA